UAAAGUUGAAACGGCGAUGAAUCAUUGACGGGAGUCGCUUCUUUCCGUAGAUAAGACAACUUGUGCAAGCGCGCUUCGUGUUUGUUUCUUCCCUUUACUCUACUCUCACCAUCUCCCACCCCCUAGAAAGCUCUUGUUCUUGUUUUCGUGUGCGUUGCAGUCAGUGCCAGUCAUAUGCAUUGCGUUACGGCCGGUUGUUAGCAACUAUGUCGGGAUUUACGGAAGCCGGCCUCGUGAAAAGAUUAACAGAACUUAACAACUCGGCUCAAAGUAUUCAGACUCUGUCAAUAUGGUUGAUCCACCAUCGGAAGCAUCAUCAAAAUAUCGUCAAAACUUGGUUCAAAGAACUGUUGAAAGCUAAGGAUUCAAAGAAGCUGACUUACAUGUACUUAGCCAAUGAUGUUAUACAGAACAGCAAAAAGAAAGGACCCGAAUUUGGAAAAGAAUUUGGAAAUGUACUGAGGAAGAGUUUUGAUGCUGUGGCUUCAAGUGGGGACGAAAAGACGAGCAAUUCUCUAGACAGGAUACUGACCAUAUGGGAUGAGCGUGGCGUUUAUGAAAAGCCAAUGAUCAUUGAAUUUCGUAAAGGCCUCAAAGACGCAUCUAAUAAUGACAGUGUACCACCAAAAAAGAAGCAUAAAUCUGAGCCACCAAAACCUGCUCCAACUUCAGUUGACGCGCGUAUUGCUAGUAUGGCAAAUAGUUUGUACAAUCCACUACAUGAGAAAAUGCAAGAUAAGAAAAGAAGGCAUUCAGAGACCGAGAUUGAAGUUGAGGGUACAAAAGAGGUGCACAUAACAUUAUCACCAAGAACGCCUGCUGGAGACCCUCCAGAACCAGAGGAAUUGAUUAAAGCCCUAAAGGAUUUAGAAAAUGAGGCAUCAGCUGAUGUAGAGGUGCGAGAGAGAAUUGCUAAACUUCCAAGAGAGGUAUCAGAGGUUUCGCUCCUUGAAAGACUACAAGAUAAAGUUGCUGCUGAGCGAUUAGCUGUUCAGGUCAAUGACGCUGUGACCUUACUAACUAACUAUAUUGCCCGUCUUACCAAAGAAAUGGAGCAAAGGAAGAAUGUUGGCAACAUGCUUCGAGAUUACCUGCAAGCUCAACAGGACCUGCUGGAGCAGGCAGAGCGCAGAUUAGAGGAAUUUGAUGACAAAUUGCAGAAAGUGAAUGGUCUUAGGACAGAACUUCGGAAUCAUUUACAAAAUCUGCCAGAUUUGACGCAGCUUCCUGAUGUUACAGGAGGGUUGGCACCAUUACCAUCUGCAGAUCUGAUGCUUGAGCAAAACUAGGAUAUAAGUUAUGCAUGGAUUUUUAUCUUGAUUUUUACGGAUCAUAGGUGAGUGUCGGACUUCAUGCUUGUACUGGUUUCUCUUCAACAGUUUAGUGGAAUGUCUAAUUCUAUAUUUUAUACUUGAAACUUUUUAGGAGAAGCCACUGAAGGAUCUUAGGUGGUUUGAGAACUGUGAUGAAAGGCUUGACCACCUUGCUCACAAAAUUUUGACAAAAAAUUGACUUUGUACUUUUUGCGAAUCAAGGUUUCUCAUACAGCAGGUCACGCAAAAUAUUUGUAAACAGCAUAAUUGUUAUGUGCUUAUUGACUUUUCUUUUAGAUUAGCACAAUUGUUUGGUGUGACUGACAUAUCCAGAUAUUUUUUAUCGGUCUAGAAUUAUGAAUUAUAAAUGGCAGCUAAAGGGAAAUUUUUUAUGAAAAUAUAUUAAUGAGCUUGACCUGAACUUUUUGUUUGGGUGUGUAAAUGUGUAAAUCAAUUGUUUUCCAUGCUGAUGUCUUAGACAUAUUUGUUAAUGAAGUGCAAAUAUUUAGAAUAUCUGGCAAACACAAAAUUUUCUUUGUUUGAACGCAAGACACAUUUGCUGUUCCUUUCUUUAAACAAGGAAGAUUUAUCCUACUGUAUUUGAUGGUCUGCACGUAAAUUGCCGCUUGUGUUUAGUUUGUCAUGGUAAUUGUGAAAAUGGGAUGGGCACACAUGAAAACUUUAAAAAGUAAGUUGUUGCUUAUGUAAUGUUGAAUAAUGCAAGUCAUAUUAUCAUCCGGCUUACAUAUGGUUACAUAGUUAUGAUAUUUUAAAGACUGUACGGAUGUUCAAUAAAAUAUUAUUACAACA